AUGCGAAGACCACGCUUGCAAGUGCCUAGCCCCACGGAGAUAAACUCUACAUCCCCACCGCGCAUACGUCAACGAAUGUCUUUGGCUACACAACUAUUACCAUGCGAACAGUCGUCGCCCGUUGAAAUUGAAAGCAAGGCGUCUUUUUGCAAUAAACCUGGUAGUGAGCGCGAAAAAACAAGUGAAUAUACACCGUGCCAGACAGAGAAUAGUAUAUGGAAUCCAUGGACAAGUACUACUACUACUGCGCGCGAAAGGCAAAUAACGACAGCAGAAUCUGCGACUUCAACUCGCCUAAAACCAGCUGGGAUUAAUUCUCGAUACAACAACGAUGCUCUUGAAAAUAACAACAUCGAAGUUAGCAGCUUUAAUCCGAUUUCCAGUGUAGAAGAAUUCUUAUUACCCCUUAGUGAUUAUUUUCAAUUUCCCCCGGAUUCGGAAAGUGAGCAGGGAGAAGCUGGCGAGCCACCACCACUCCUGUUGGACCAUCAUACUAUGCAUGGUUCCCUAAGUCCGAUACCACGAAAUCUACUCUGUGACGAGCAAAUCACAUACGAGUACUCAAAAAAUGGUGAAUGGGUAGGUGGAUUCAUACACAACACCGAUGGCACGACGAUCCAGGCGCGGGAAAUGGAGCCUUCAACAUCGACGCUGGCGCUGCAACGACUUUUUGCGCUUCAAAAGAGCGCCUGGAUGCAGCGCCCGAAUAUUGUUGUGCCACAAACCGAUGCGAUGCGAUUGUCUGCACAAAAAGCGAAUUUGCCACAACCCCUGGAAAAAGAGCCAGCGGCCCUCGAGGCUCAACGCACAGUGCUUGGGUUGAACAUAUUUAAAAUAUCUAUAAUUUGA